CCCCGGCUCCCUCCGCUUGUCGACUUCGGAGAAGGGGGUCUUUCCUUUUUUCUCUUCUUUAGUGGGCGCUCGAGGCUGGUAGAUCUCGGGGAAAGGAGGAGAGAGACGAAUCCCCGGCACUCGUCUUCUUGGAGAAGCCUCUUGGGAUCGGAUUCCGAGCUUUGCUUUGUUUUCUAGAAAAUUAGAUUCCCCCAACGACGUGCGUUCUUGAUUCGAUUCUGAGGUCAACGAGAGGAAUGGAACGCGAUUAGGGUUUUUUUUUUUUUUGGGAGGGAGAUAGUCAUAGAUUUUUUUCUUGCUCCCUUAUUUUUUCAUCUGCCUCCAAGAAGAAGCGAAGGAGAGAUGAAGGCGAGUGGUGUUCUUUUCCUGAUGCUUCCUUUGCUGGUUGUCUUCUCUCUGCCUCGUUUUUCCGAUGCCGCAGAUGCAACAGAGGUUCAGGACAAUCUGAAGGGCUUCUCAGACAAGAAUAACCCCGUUCUGGAUUCGAAUCGUACUCAAAUUUCUCCACCCGUCAAGAUUGAUAAAGAACGGAAAGAUGGAGAUCAGGACAAAGGAUUGCAAGAAGAAACCAAAAAAGGUCCUGAGAAGGAUGAUUCAAAGAAAAGUUCAGAUGAGAAGAAAGAUAAGCAGUUGCAGGAGCCAAAGGCAGAAGAUAACAAUGGGAAGCAAAGAUCAGAUAAGGAUUCAGAUUCCAAACAAUUGCCCGUGGUGGAUUCCCAUGUGGAAGAGUGCGAUCCAUCUAACAGAUGCAUUGACGAGGAGAGCAAGUUCAUUGCUUGCCUUAGAGUUCCUGGAAAAGAUUCGCUAGCUCUUUCACUCCUGAUUCAGAAUAAAGGUACAGGAUCCCUUGAUGUUAACAUUGUUGCUCCCAGUUUUGUCAAUCUAGAUCCUGAUAAAGUUCUACUUCCAGCGAACGAAAAUAAAGAGGUGAAGGUUUCUGUCAGUGAUGGCACGAGUGACACCACGAUUAUUUUGAAAGCAGGGAAAGGACAUUGCAGCCUCAAUUUGCGGAAUAUGAUCUCCAGUUCAGUCAGAAGGAGUGAAGCAUCUAAGUUGUCUGGAUUUAUCAAUAUUCCUCUGCGUGCCUCGAUUAUAUUUGUGCUCAUGGCCACUGUUGUACUCAUAGGAGCAGCUUGGUUAUGCAUCAGAUACCGGCAGAUGUAUCACCAAGAAGAUGGCCUUAAAUACCAGAAGGUUGAGGUAGCCUUACCUGUUUCAACUGGAGGGAAGAAGGAAACAGAUGAGGCUGAUGGUUGGAAUAACAACUGGGAAGAUGGUUGGGAUGAUGAGGAGGCGCCCAAAACACCAUCUAAUCUUUUAUCAAAUCCAUCAUCCAAGGGUCUUGCAUCACGGAGAUUGAACAAAGAUAGCUGGAAGGAUUAAUAGCUGUACAAUUUCCAACUAGAGCAGGAAGGAGGGAUUUCAUCGUUGAAAGCUCUUUUUCUUCAUUUCCUUUUUUCCCAUUUGGUUUUGAACUAACAGUGCUUAGUUCUCAGGUGCUUAUUCUUUCAUGCGAGGAUGAUAGGAAAAACUCGAGGAAAAAGGAAAACUCACUACGGGUAGGCACAGUCAAACAAGUAAUAUAUUUACUUGAUGUUACCUGUCAAAAUUGUGAUACUACUACUUAAAACUACAUCGGUAUAUCGUGUGGGAGGAGUGAGCCGGUAACCGCCAAAUAACCAUACACAUUUUUGUUAAGCCCUCAACAGCCAUCUGGUGAUAAUUUUAUUUUUUUGGUCCUGGGAACUAGCCUAUUCUCAUCCUUGCGAGGGGCGUCUAUGAACCAUGCAGCGUCUGAUCAUUCAAAAUUUUGCACUGUAAGAAUGAAAAUUGUAGCAAGUGUCUGUUAAAUUCGUAGAAGCACCGUAUGUUUUGAAUUUUUCUCUGCUGAGUGGUCCGUCAGCAUCAUUAGCAGGUAAUCAUAGAAGCACUGCAUUCAGGAUCGCCUCUAUUGCAAUGUCUUUAUAUUUCCAUCAAUUCUCUUAGCCAGAUGUUAGUUUCUGAAAUCAGAGUCUUCUUGUUUGAGUGGCGACUUGUCUGGUUCCAGUGGAGCUGGUGUCCACAUUCAUGUCUCCGGGUAGCCCUCACGCGAAGAAUUGUACUGUUGAUUAUUGCGCUGCUUUAAACGGUACGAGUUAAGUUUCCUUAGUAAAAGCAGCUAAGUAAUUUGAUUCCAUAGUGGAGUAGGAUUUUUUAUUGGUUCCUUGUUACAAUUGGUAGGCUGGGGGAAAAAGAAAGGUUUUUCCAAUUUAAGGGAGUAACUAUUUACGGUCUAUGAUGAGACGUCAUAACAUGGAACAUCUGAAUGCUUGUGGAAAUCAUUACGAAUCCACUCUAGAUUUUAAAA